GCGCUGGGAGGCCCCACAGACGCCAUUUCCUCGGCGCCCCCGCGGCGGCGCGGCUGCAUCAGCACUGACGUGAGGACGACGUGCGGCUCCGCCCGGCCCGGUCCCCCCACCCCCUGUGACGGGGGCAGCACGUACAGGGCGGCGGACUGAUGACCAUGGAAAUGGUUGAACAGGAUGACAAUGCAGUGGAUUCUCUGACAGAGAGAAGUGCUGGUCACCUUCAGAAUCAGCCAGGCCAGAAUCAGAUUUCCUCAGGAUCUGAGGUUUCUGUAGCUGCUUCCAGUGCUGGAAGAGGAUCUCCAGCUGUAACUCUAGUGCAGUUGCCUUCUGGUCAAACUGUUCAUGUCCAGGGUGUCAUUCAAGCCACACAGCCCUCAGUCAUUCAGUCACCACACAUGCAAGCUGUUCAGGUAGCAUCGAUUGCAGAUGAAGCUGCACAAGCAGAAGUGAUAAUUGAUUCUCAAAAACGUAGGGAAAUACUUUCAAGAAGGCCUUCAUACCGAAAAAUUUUGAAUGAGCUCUCCUCAGAUGCACCUGCAGUAGCGAAGAUUGAAGAAGAAGAGAAGUCAGAAGAUGAAGGAACGCCUUCUGGUAUUUCUGCAGUGGCCAUGCCAACGAGCCUGUAUCAUACUAACACAGGGCAAUACCUUACCAUAUCUCAAGGUGGUACAAUUCAGACUGUGACAAACUCAGGAGCUCCUCAGCCAGGCGCUACCAUUGUGCAAUAUGCAGCACAGUCAUCUGAUGGCACACAACAGUUUUUUGUUCCUGGAAGCCAAGUUGUUGUUCAAGCUGCCACUGGAGACAUGCCAGCUUACCAGAUCCGAACUCCCACUACUACCUUACCUCAGGGAGUGGUGAUGGCAGCCUCGCCAGGGACUCUGCACAGCCCUCAGCAAAUGGCAGAGGAGGCCACACGCAAGAGAGAGCUGAGACUUUUGAAAAAUAGGGAAGCUGCCAGAGAAUGUCGCAGAAAGAAGAAAGAAUAUGUCAAAUGUCUUGAAAAUCGUGUGGCUGUGCUUGAAAACCAAAACAAGACUCUCAUUGAGGAACUCAAGGCCCUCAAAGAUCUUUAUUGUCAUAAAGCAGAAUAACUGUCUUUCAUUUGGACCUCCUUUAUUAUGAACUUUAAUCAAGGCAUGAGAGGAAGCAAUUCUACAGAUUGCCAUAUGAACUUGAGAAAGAGACACUUGAGGCCCUUGUGGAACCCAGUUUUGCUUAGUGUUUUCAGACUGAUUUGGGAGAUAUUCCAAAAUUUGGAAUUCUGUCAUAGUCUCCAUACCCUGCUGAGCUUUCUAAUGGCAUGCAAAUGGCUUUUUGUUUGCACUUUUUACUUCUGCUUUUUGCAGGGAAGCUGCUAAAGAAUGUCGACGUCGGAAGAAAGAAUACAUAAAAUGUCUGGAGAGUCGUGUUGCAGUGCUAGAAGUUCAGAACAAGAAACUUAUACAGGAGCUUGAAACCCUAAAAGACAUUUGCUCUUCCAAAACAGAUUAGUAAAAAUAUUUAUUAUACUGUGAACUAAGAUAUGUCCAGUUGCUUUGUAAGACAAUACAUAGCCAACAUGAAUUAUGGCUUUCUCUUUGUGUCAUUUAUAAUAUAUUCCAACUCCUAACAUUCCUGAAUGCUUUCCUGCUUUUUGUCAAUUCAUAGCUCUAAUUUCAGGUUUUUCAUGCACCAUCCUUCUGUCUCCCAAGGAGCCAAAUGUUAAAAAAUAUAACAAAGUAAAAAAGUGCAUAAUUUCUAA